AUGAGCAAGACUACCCCAAAGGCGAAAGAAGGAAAGAAAGAAAGCAUAUUAACGGAAAACGUUCGAUGGACUUGGAAAGAUGGAAAUUUGGAAAGUGUCAGUCUUAACCCUAGUGUUGAUAAGAAUCAACAAAAUAUUGGACAUCGUGUCAAGAAGAACAAACAGGGCGCAGCAAUAAGUUAUGUAACUAAUGGAAAAAAGAAACAAAAUUUUAAUUUAGUAGCCAACUCACAAACAGCAAAACAACUCCAUAAAAUCGAUAAAGUGAAGUACACGUUUCAAAAUGCAAGUACAUCACCUCGACCAAGACGAGCAAAUGACACUAGUAAAGGCACCGUCGUCACUUUAGCAGAUGUUAAGAGAGCCGCUCUUGAUGCAGUAUUAGAUGAAACAGGAGCAGUUAAUGAGACGUUUCAGAGAUGUAUCGAUACUCUGCAACUUGAUACCUUCCUUAUGGCAGUAUUACAUUAUUUUGCCGCCUUCAUCGAAAAAACUGAGGAAGAUCGAAAGCCAACCAUUAUGGAAAACCCAUGGCAAAGAGAAGCAAAUUUAAGGAAUACAUGUAGCACGCUAAGGAAAUUAAAAUUCGCAUCCAAAAAACUCGGUCAAGCAUAUUGUGUACUAGUUAUGGGCCUAGGCUUAGAAGAACAACAUCAUAUGCAGGGUGGAAAAUCUCGUGUUUCGGCCAUCUUUACCGAUCGCGAUGCCUUCGAAAAUUUGUACGCAUUUUCGACAUGUGUUGUGAAUAUCGCCUUUAGAAGACAAUAUUUUAAUGAAGUUACCAAAGAAAUGGGACGGUUGUUUAGAUCGGAGAUGUAUAAUAUAGCAUUGCAUAAAGAAGAUGAUGUGGGUGAUGACAGAGAUCCACACGAAUCUGAAAUUAAAAGAUAUGUUGAUGUUAAGGUGAAGGAAUUACGCGCUAAAAAAAAAGAAUUUGCUGGCGGUUACAUGCGCCAAACUGUAAAUUCGAAAGUGGGUCAUAAAAAGAGCAAGCCUAGCGCUAUAACGAAAUCUCAAACCAAAGAUGCGAUUGAUGCAUUGGUUGUAGCCGUUCAAGACUUUAAUCUCACCAAUAUCGACGAAAAUAAAGAAGGUAGAAAAAUUGAUCGCGAUGACCAAGACGAUAAUAGUAAAAGUAAAACAAAAGAUUCUAUAGAAGAAAAAAGGAAUUCAAUAACUCCUAAACCUCGUCCUGUCAGGCAUUUACCCAAGAGACCACCAAUUAACUCUCUAAUCAAGGACUUUAAGGUAACAUCAAACAAUCUUGGCACAGAAGAAGACGUUAGUGCAGAUGAAUUAGCACAACUGGAAAGCAACAACGUUGGCAUUAUUGGAGAACCGAUUGAAAAAUUUAACAAAACAAAUUUAAUGCCGUUCGUUGAUGAUGGAGACGAUUCUGAAGGACAGCAAUCACAUCAUGGAACUUCUUAUCAAAAUGGCAAGAACACUCAAGAUAAUGCUUCCGAUUCUAAAUUAUCUUCCGGUCAGUUAACGCCUAAUAACGAGUUAAAAAAUAAUGAUGUUAGCAAUAAUGACGAUGACGAACAAAGAGAAGAAUUAAAAACUUAA